CUCCUGUCCCCCCCCACCUGGCUUCUCUCUUCGUGACUCGGAAUAUUAGACCGACGGGGAAGUCUAGACGCAGUACCAACGACGACGACCUCAACUUGUAAAGCAUACCUUGACAUUGCUUCUCCCAUUGUUCUCUCCAUUGAAGUGCUUCACUGUCGUCAUCACCACCUCAUCCAGGGUUUAGCUCUUUUCAUCUUAGCGACUCGGGUCCAUCUUUCUUAGAGCUCCAACGACAACCACUUGCCACUUACCAAGCUUCCGCUUCGAACUGGACGCUACCUUACUCAUCGCCAUUGUUUGCAAGCUCAGGGGGUCCUUCUAACCUUCGAACACUGCUCCUCACCACCAUACCACACCACCGGAAAACACACACACACAUCACAUCACAAUGCCCGGAUCAGAGUCACCAGCUCGGCAAAUAUCACCCGAAGCCGAAAACAUGCAGCCGAGGUCACCUCCGUCAGGCUCGGGCUCGGAGCCCGAGAGCAGUAGCCAGCAAGCCGGCACCGCCGACAGACCAAAAACCACCAAACGCCGUGCCGCAAGAGCCUGCGAAUCAUGCCGGAGACGCAAGGUUCGCUGUGAUGUUGUCACUCAGAGCCCUUGCACCAACUGUCUGUACGAGAAGGUGGAGUGCCUGGUUCCAGAGUGCAGGAGGAAAAGAAAGCAUCACUCAAGAGUCUCAGAAUCUCUCGGCUCGAGUGUCGGGUCGAGUACCGAGGCUUCGCUCCUGCGGGCCAAGUGCCUCGGCUCAGCCGCGCCAAUGGGCUACACUCAGAAUGGCCAAAAUCUCGACUUCACUUACACCGGCAACCCUCUUUUGAGGCAGCAGCUGUUUUCCCAGGCCGGGAGUGACGCGAUACGAAACCAGCAGUAUCUGAAUCUCUCCUAUCAGAACGGCUUUGGCUCAAAUGCUCCUCUCAGGCCGAGGGUGUCUCCCUCGCUGCUGUACCAAAACACCGGCUUCCCACCGCUUCAGCCUGCCAUCGAAGUCAGCCAGCAACUCAAAUCGGUCCUCGAGGCUCAGGCACCACCAAUAACACCGGCGGAGCCGCAGCUGCCGGCUUUUAUCAAACCGAUUCCCAAGGCUGUCUCCCCCGAGGAUCUCGACUACCUCAAUGCCAAGAAGGCUCUCACGCUCCCGCAUCCUCAGCUACGAAAUGCCCUGCUCAAGGCGUACGUCGAAUAUGUGCACCCGUACAUGCCCGUGAUGGACGUCCAUCCUUUCCUCAAUGCGAUCAACGACCAGACGGGCCAAUCCGGCAAGAUCAGCUUGCUGUUAUUUCAGGCCGUCAUGUUUGUGGCGACUGCUUUUGUCGAUGAGGACUUGUUGAAGGCCGAGGGUUACCAGGACCGGAGGGAGGCGCGGAAGGCCUUCUUCAGCAAGGCGAGGGUUCUGUACGACUGCGAUACUGAACUCGACCGCCUGCACCUGGUCCAGGCUCUUCUCAUGAUGACUUACUGGUAUGAAUCACCAGACGACCAAAAAGACACCUGGCACUGGAUGGGCGUGGCCAUCUCACUGGCCCAGACCAUCGGUGUGCAUCGCAACCCGGUGGCGACGAAUUUCCCGCCAGCAAAGAGGGGAUUGUGGAAGCGGAUCUGGUGGUCAUGCUACAUGCGGGAUCGCAUGAUCGCCCUCGGGAUGCGCAGGCCGACCAGGAUCAAGGACGACGACUUUGACGUGCCAAUGCUGGAGGAGGGCGACUUUGAAAUCGGCAGACUCCGGGAGGACAACCAACUGCUGGGCCCUGACUGCGCUCUGGUCCGCGACGUCGAGAUACAGAGGGAGCUGGCGUUCAUGUGCAUCGAGAUGGCGAAGCUGUGUCUUCUUGUCAGCGAGAUGCUCAGGGCGCAAUACUCGAUCCUCAGCAGAGGCGGCAUGCGGCCGGACGUCACGACAGCGAGCACGAUGAUGCUCCUGCCCAAGAAGGACCAGAACCCGGACGGCUUUGCCAUGACUCAGCAGGUCGACGCCAUGCUCAACCAGUGGGCUGUCGGCCUGCCGUCCUGCUGUCGGCGCCAACCGGUGCCCCUGACCCCCAUCGAAGAAGGGUGCAGACCUGUUGUCCUGCAGCGCCACCUCUUGCAUCUCAUCUACUACACCACCGUCUCGGCCCUCCACAGGCCGCAGUUCCUCCGCCCUCAGAGAGCCGAGCCCGUCAUCCCGACAAAAGCCCAGCAGUACUCCCAAGAACGGGUGCGUGACGCAUCAAGGGAGGUGAUCAAAAUGGUCACCGAACUCCGCCAGCACGGUCUAGAGCGGUGCCUCCCCACCACCGGCGUCACCGUCCUCCUCCCCGCAAUGAUCAUCCAACUCCUCGACUCGACCGCCCUCGACGCAGACGACCAGACCAGAGCCCAAGCCGCCCAGGGCUUCAAGGAGCUCCUUGCCGUCAUGAGAAACCUGAAGGACAUCUACGCCGCGGCAUCCUACGCCGUCAACUUUAUGACCUGUGUUCUCCAGGGACGGGCCUCGCAGCAGCAGGUGCAGAGACCGCAGCAGGCGUUUCAGAGCAUGUCCACUGCUACUCCUGGUGGUGGGAUGAACAUGAUGCCUUCUUCCAUGCCGGAGCGGCCGUCGACGCCGCCGCCGGAUGACUCGCAGUUUAUCAGCUCGGCUAUGCAGGGGGUUAAUAACCUUUACAAUCACCCCCAGCAUCAGACGCCCGGGUUUGCGGGGAGUGGGAUGGCGGCUGGUGGUGGUGGGGAGAUGGAGGAUACUAUCAUGAUGAUGGGUGGGCAGACGCCCCCCGGGACGGAUUAUGACUCUGGGUCGCCUGGGGCGGAGCAUGGGAGUGGUGGUAUUGACGGUGGCGGGGAGGAGACGUUGAAGCACCACUUUGGGGGGGCUCAACAGAGUGCGACUAACGGGGCGGGGAAUGAGGUGGUAUAUAGUGAGUGGUUGGAGGAGUAUCCGGGUGAUAUUGGGGGGCCGGAUGGGGAGUUUUUGGGGAUGGGGAUGGAUAUGGGUGGUUCGGGGUUGGGUGUCGUGGGGGAGGAGGCCAAUGCGAGGUAUGAGUGGAACUCUAUGAGCAUGGGUGGUUGAAGAAGAAUAUGUGAUGGGGGAGGCGACAGAGGGAGAGAGGAAGAAGAAAAGCAUUACUAUAUAUCCUUCGGGGGUGUUGAAAUCGCAAGGAAGGGAAAAAGAACGGAAAGGUAUGGCAUGGAAGGGACAUGGGCAAGGGCGUUUUUUGGGAUGUGGGUUGAAAUAGGCAUUUUGGGAUUGAUUGGGUUAUAUAGGAAAUUCUUUGGAAAGCGAUUUGACGGGUUACAUCUUGAAGAUAGAGGAGGAGGAAGUUUGGAAAGAAGUAGAAUCGGAUGAGAAUGACGACGACUAAGACUGGACCAAUUGGUUCGGAGAGUUGAAAAUAUUAUUAAUGUUGAUGAUGACCCUUUGGUUGCCCGCCC